AUGAAUUUGGCACUGGAGAAGAAGAUCAGAAGGGAAUUACAAUAUCUACCGGACCCGCUCAAGCUCGCCGACCAUGUCCGUGGCGUUCUCAAGAAGGGCGACGUCGAGAAGGCUCUUGGUCUCACUCGUAUUGCCAGCAAGGACAUGGAAUGCAUCGUCAGUUGGAAUCACAUCAUCGGCCACUUGCUUUCCGAGAAACAGGUCGCCACCGCUCUGAAGAUAUACAACGAGAUGAAAAAGCGCGCACAGUUCCCCGACUCGCAUACUUACGUUAUCCUCCUUCGUGGUCUAUCCGAACCUCCCGUUGCGGCAGACACCCUCGGCAAAGCCCUUGCCAUCUACCAUUCACUGGGUGCUGAAAACUCUAGAGUAAAGCCAACAACCAUACACACCAAUGCAGCACUGCGAGUGUGCGCACGCGCAAAUGAUAUGGACUCUCUCUGGGGCAUAGCCUCAAAAAUCCCAGAGAAAGGGCCUGGCGCUGCCGACGCUUACACGUACACUACAAUCUUGAAUGCAAUCAGAGAGCAUGCAUUAUUGGAAGGCGGCAACAGAACAGACGACAGCGAGAUCGCUGCACUUAGAGCAACAGCUGUUCAGCAAGGUAGAAGAAUCUGGGGAGACAUUGUUGGAAGAUGGCGAUCUGGAGACAUCGCCGUCAACGAAGAGAUGGUAGCCGCCAUGGGUCGCCUCUUACUCAUUGGUCUGCAGCCAAAAGACUGGGAUGAUGUCCUCUCCCUGAUUGAACAGACCAUGGGCAUCCCUCGUCUGGUCCCCAAGCUCGGUAGCAAGAUGAGGAUGGCCUCUCUGAAUCUGCCUAUUCGCAUGCCCGCCGAUGUGAAGAAGGAUCGCAAGGACAUUACAGAAGGCGAGGAACCCGAGACCGAGUUUGACCAAGCACUUUUGCUCGACAGCCGAGGCAACCCAUCCGUCACACUCGUCAAACCAGGAAACAACACCUUUUCACUCCUUCUCGAGGCCUGCAAGUUGGCACACGCUUUCCGGACGUCAUACGAAUAUUGGGAUCUGCUCACCAACAAAUCUACAUACGCACUGAAGCCCGAUAUGGACAACAUUCAUACUUUCAUGCGUAUCUUACGGCAAACCCGCGCAUCUGGUCGGACUCUCGAUCUAGUCAAGGAUACGAUCCCGGCUUACGGCUGGAAACCUCAUCGCAAGACCUUCCGCAUUGCGAUGAGUGCCUGCAGCCGCGACAAGAACAACCCAAACGUAAUGAAACAUGCCAACCAACUUUUCGAGCUGAGCGAGCACUAUCAGGUGGAGCCUGACCCGACGACACUCACUCAAUACAUGGAGUUGGCCCUCUCUACGCAAGAUGGAGAAGUCAUUAGCCAAGUAAUCGAUCGUCUGUCAGAUCCUAUCACGAAGUUGAGGUCAAUUGUCUCGUUUGGAACAUUCGACUCGGGUAGGACAUCAGUAACGGCAAGACAUGAUAUUGUGGCCCUGAUGAGAACAGUCAUUGGCGCCAUUGAUCAAUUGAUGAAAAAGCAGUUAAUCCCUCAGGAUCAGAUGCAAGAUUGGUCUCAGAGACGAUCAAAGCUGAGUGCUUUUGUCACAAGGCUAAUGGACAGAAUGGAUGGAAAGAACAUCGUUCCCAAAGAAAAGCUCAUAGAGUUAAGAAGGGACAGCAGACAGCUGAGGCACCUUCGCCAAAACCUGGUGAAAAAACAAAAGAAGAGAGACGGCACGUGGGUUAAGAACAAGAAAGACCUCGAGCCAAAGGCCUUGCAAGAUCUGCCGUUUGAGGACUGA